AACAGAGCUUACUAUGCUUACUAUCGGUGACUACUUCGAAUCGGAAAUAGGCAUGGUUAAGCCUGUUGGUCACAAUACAUUUAUUUAGAAGCGCAUUACCGGAAACAAAUGACAGGGGCGUAUACGUGCAUUCAGAGAUGCAGAGUUGAGGCUGCUGCUGCUGCUCGAGCUUCAGAGUUCAGGUCAAGUGGACUGCCUGAGGAAGCCGCAAACUUCGUUAAAGUGGCACAUUUAGUGUCAUAUAAGCAAUUUCACACGGUUAUUUGGACGACAACUAUUUUGUGUCCAUGACGGAGUGUUGCCAACCUGUACCAAUGGAAUUCACUGCAGAAGAGGAGCUGGAGAUCGAGCACCUGAAGAUGCACAAGCAGGACCUUUUGGAUGACAUCCAGAAGUUGAAGAUGGCCAUUGAGAAUGUGAUGGCAGACAUUCAGGACUUUGAGUCCACCGAGGAGAGCAAACUUAUUGAGAGGGGAAAGCAGCUGUCCAGAGGGAAGAAGAAAUUCAACAUGGAUCCCAAGAAGGGUGUGAACUACCUUGUGGAGAACAAACUGCUGGAUUGGACCCCUCAAGUUGUGGCAGAGUUCCUAUACAAGCAAGACGGGCUCAAUAAAACAGCCAUAGGAGACUUCCUGGGAGAAAGGGAGGAGAUACACCUGCAGAUUCUGAAGGCUUUUGUGGAACUCCAUGAAUUUUCAGACCUGAACCUUGUGCAGGCUCUAAGGCAGUUCCUGUGGAGUUUCCGUCUCCCAGGCGAAGCGCAGAAGAUCGACCGCAUGAUGGAGGCCUUCGCCACACGCUACUGCGACUGCAACGCAAAUGUUUUCCAGUCCACAGAUACGUGCUACAUCCUGUCGUUCGCCAUCAUCAUGCUCAACACCAGCCUGCACAACCCCAACGUGAAAGACAAGACCACGCUGGAGCGCUUCAUCUCCAUGAACCGGGGCAUCAACAACGGAGAGGACCUGCCCAAUGACCUGCUGACGAAACUGUACGACAGCAUACGGAGCGAGCCUUUCAAAAUCCCCGAGGACGAUGGGAAUGACCUCACGCACACUUUCUUCAACCCUGACCGAGAGGGAUGGCUUCUGAAACUAGGGGGACGAGUGAAGACCUGGAAGAGGAGAUGGUUCAUUCUGACCGAUAACUGCCUGUACUACUUCGAGUACACCACUGACAAAGAACCCAGGGGCAUCAUUCCGCUGGAGAACCUGUGCGUCCGAGAAGUGGCGUGUCCACGCAAACCGUACUGCCUGGAACUGUACAACCCCAACAGCAAAGGGCAGAAGAUCAAAGCGUGCAAGACAGAGACGGACGGGCGUGUGGUGGUGGGGAAGCACCAGUCCUACAUGAUCUCUGCAGCCACGGCCGAGGAGAGAGAUGACUGGAUAGAGUCUGUCAGGGCUAGCAUAACCAAGGACCCAUUCUAUGAUCUGGUCUCAGUGCGCAAGAGGAAAGUCAUCAACAAGGCCACCCAAGAUUGACAGCUCCACAGUGGCAGUGCAACAUGGGAAAUGUAGUCAGUCACUUAGUGGCUCAGUCAGCUUGUCAAACAUGAAGCAGUUGGCAGAACUUGGGUAGGACAGGGAAAUGGG